AUGGGCUAUAACAAUAACUCCGCCCUCACCAGCACGAGAAGAAGCGUGCGAGAACGCAAGAGCGGGUGUCGAUUACAGGCUGAUCAGCACGAGACUGCUGAGGGCAGCAAUGGCGUCGCAGGUUCAUCCUCCGAGGACGUCCAGGACGGGCUGGUCACCGCUGUCGGGCACCUCGACCUCAAGGCGGUCAUGCAGGCCGCCGACAACCUGACCGCCAAGGUCAAUCAGCAAGCUUUCAGCAUCAGAAAUAACGAAUUUCAAAUCGGCAAGCAGGGUGCCACCAUCAAGGACCACGCAAACAAACAUGACGCCCAGUUGCACAGGAUUGAUCGUGUCGAGACAAAGCUGAGUGACGUCGACAGCAAGGUCAAGGCGGCGGUCGAGAAGGACAGUGGCAACAACGUCCGCAUCGGACAGCUCGAAAGGCACGUCCAGAGAGAGAACAAGUCUCUCUGGGAGGCUCUGACGGGUGAGACGCUCAAGUCGAAGCAGCUGAAUCAAGUACAGAAGGGCUUGACGACAACUACAAGCAAUUUGGCGGCGACCCAAUACAGGUUGGGGACGACUGACAGGAACUUGGCGGCGACUAACCAGGCGCUGGGGACGACUAGAAAGGAGUUGAGGGCGAAUAGUGACAAGGUGGCCUCGAUGGAGGCAGAGUUGGCGGCGACUAGGAACGAGACAGCCUCGAUGAAGGCACAGUUUGAAUUCUUGAAGCAGCGCUUUGAGGCGCUCGAGGCUGUCGGUGUCUCCCACAUGGAGGAUUGA